GUGCGCAGAUGCCCGGCCUUUGCGUUUGUCCUCUGCAAAAGGAAAAGGCUCCGAUUUCCGAGGGAUGUGAUGGUGCGGGACGAAACAGGCAGGACAACAAGCUCGGCUCUAUUCUUGCAAGUCCGCGGCGCCGAUUUGCCAAGCUGCCAUCUAGGGGCGCCCUUCUGUAGCGUGCGCGGCGGCGGACAGAGAGAGAUAUAUAGCCGGCGAGGCAGCUGGAAAGAGGGAUCAGUCGCUUGCCAAGUGCCCCGCGAGAGGAACGACGCCCUGCGCUCGGGAGGAAGCAGAAGGCGAUCUCUCGACUCCUUCCAUUCCACAUCGGCCAGCUAUGAAUACCAUUGAUUUGCCUCCUAUAUUUGAUCUUGUUGAAGUGGAGAACCUCACUGAAACCAACUUGACUUGUGGCAACGGAGAUUGCAUCACCGUGGACUCCUUAUCAUGCCCAAAUAUGCUCAACAAAAGCGCCCUGCUCUACACCCUCUCCAUUUUUUACAUUUUUAUAUUUAUGAUAGGCCUAGUGGCCAAUGUUGUGGUUGUGUGGAUGAACUUCCAAGCCAGAACAACUGGCUAUGAAACUCAUCUCUAUAUCUUCAAUCUAGCCAUUGCUGACCUGUGUGUGAUCAUCACUCUUCCAGUCUGGGUGGUCUCCCUUGUUCAGCAUAGCCAGUGGCACAUGGGAGAGAUCACAUGCAAGAUUACCCACCUUGUGUUUUCCAUCAACCUGUAUGGGAGCAUCUUCUUCCUGGCAUGCAUGAGUGUGGAUCGAUAUCUCUCAGUUGCCUACUUCACAACCUCCAGCGACGCCAAAAAGAAAAGAAUCCGCCGCUGCAUCUGCAUCUUUGUGUGGCUUUUUGCCUUCUUUGUGUCUCUCCCUGAUACCUAUUACCUGAAGACAGUUUCAUCCAACAAUGAGACCUAUUGCCGCCCUGUUUAUCCAGAGGAGAAUGCUAAGGAGUGGCUGGCUGGCAUGGAACUGAGUUCUGUUGUUCUAGGGUUCAUCAUUCCCUUUCCCAUCAUUGCCAUUUUCUAUUGCCUCCUAGCAAGAGCCAUAUCUGCCUCCAAUGACCAAGAGAGAAAGAGCAAUGGGAAAAUCAUUUUUUCCUAUGUCAUUGUCUUCCUGGUCUGCUGGUUGCCGUACCAUGCCGUUGUGUUGCUUGACUUCUUCUUGGCCUUCCAUUUCAUUCCUUUCAGCUGCCAAAUGGAGAACUUCCUCUAUGCAGCUCUUCAUGUGACUCAGUGUUUCUCCCUGGUUCAUUGCUGCAUCAACCCCAUACUCUAUAGCUUCAUCAAUCGAAACUACAAAUAUGAGCUCAUGAAGGCAUUUAUCUUUAAGUACUCAGCUAAAACUGGCCUCACUAAACUGAUUGAUACUUCCAGGGUAUCAGAAAUGGAGUACUCUGCUCUGGAACAAAAUGUUAAAUGAUUGCAGCUUCACAAAAGACUUUCUUCUAAACUCUGCCUUCAACUGGGCAAUAAAUUUGACCUAAUAUAAAUGCAAAAAUCCUAAUUAUGAAUUUUUGGAAGAAAACAUGUACUACCAAAAUGCUGCAUUUUAAAUGUUUUCUUGCAUUCUAUCCCGUCAUCUAGUCCAUACUGCAGUUAUGCUAAUGGGGAAAAUAUGCAGUAAACAAAGCUAUCUUGUACUAAAGAGGUUGCUUACUUUAUUACAUUUUUUGGUGAGCAGAUAGCCCCUUCCUUGGCUACCUGGACUUCACUGCAGGAAUUUUACAGUGUGUAUUUAAUGAAAGCAGAACUCUAUUUUCAUGCUUUUGCAAUUGUGCUGGAAAAUGAAAUAUAUUUAACCAUGUAUUUGAAGCUUAUUGUCAGUGAGUAUAUAAUGCUAUCAUUUUAAUAUUAGAUUUCCAUUCAGUUUACUAUUGUAAGAGUAGUACUUAUAGCAAAUGUUAAACAAAAAGUAUAUGUCCUUCUAAGAGGGCCUUGGCAAAAAAAAAUUGUGGCAAUAUAGUUGUAAUAUAGUUUUUUUAUAAUGCUCAUUAUAGCAUGUCAAUAUUUUGUAAAGAUAUCUUUCAGAACUAUUACAUGCUUAUUUCAUUCAGUGUC